CGUUAUUAUUUUUAUAAUGCGCCCUUUAGUUGCAAUAAUCGUAAUUGAUUCAUCCUUUGUUCUUGUUUUUAGGAUAAAAAUGUCAGACUGUUGAUCAGUGGAUAUUUACCGAUAUCUCGAAGAUUUUGUUUACCAUUACCAUGACGACACUGGAUUAUACCAAUUUCAAUCUCACGCGAAAUGAUAGCUUCACUGUUAAGCUAGAGAAAACGUCUGCGCAGCCAAUCAGCGUUGGGGGCAGUACGUCAAAGGAUGCAAUCACCUCAGUAAACAACUUUAGCGCAAGUCUGGAGAGUUUGGCAGAUGUAUCAGCUGGGAACGGUAACACUUCUGUAAAUAUGACGAAUUCGACAUGGGUGGAUCCGUGUCUACAGGAUUAUUUUAUCUAUGAGGACUUUACCCAGAUUGACUGGGUGAGGAUUGUCUUCAUUGUGCUCUACAGUAUGAUCAUUACCCUAUCAGUGCUCGGGAAUAUCAUGGUCAUUUGGACAGUGUGGCGAAAUAAACACAUGCAGACGGUCACCAAUUACUACAUCGUCAACCUCGCUGUGAGCGACUUGCUGGUAUCGGCGUUCGUUAUGCCGCUUAAACUCGUGGAGUACGUCGCCCCGUGUAAGUUACACGUGUUCAGCGAGGAUGCUAUGUGCUCUGUCGUUUCGUUCGUUUUGCCCGUUUUUGUGUUCGCCAGUGUCCUGACAUUGGUCGCCAUUUCUAUAGAAAGGUAUUACUCCAUCAUCUACCCAUUGAACGCAUACACCAUUCACACCAAAUCAAAGACGCGCAAGAUCCUAGCGGCCACAUGGAUCGUCCCCCUGAUCGUAGCAGUCCCCUAUGUGUUUAAUGCCAGCCAGACAUUCGCAAUGGAGGGCUCCCAUGGCCGAAUAACGCUGAAAAUCUGCCAGGAUCGCUUUGACGACAUCGAUCGUUGGAUGUACGGACAGAAUAUUACAGAAUUGGAAACUGGGACAUUUCGCAAAGGAUAUUUCUAUUUCUUGUUUGCGGUGAUCUAUUUGAUCCCGUUGAUCGUCAUCACGGCGACAUGUAUAAGGAUAGCGGUGUGUUUGUUGGAACCCAUAUAUGGCUCCAAUAAUAUGAAGUUGUGUAGGAGAGGGUCCAGUGUGGUGAAGAAAGAGGAGAGUAAACGGAAGGUUGCCAAAAUGAUCAUCGUUGUCGCUGCAACAUUCUGUUUGUCGUGGUCGCCGUUUUAUCUCGUGACAUUCAUCAGUCAGGUGCAACAUCCAAAUACCUUCAUGCGAGAGUCCAACUUCAUCUUUACGAUGCUCGCUAUCCAUUUCAGCGGGUUCCUCAACAGUUGCGUCAAUCCUGUUAUUUAUGCUACGAUGUCACAUCGAUUUAGGAGAAGUUUUGUUGAGAUCAUAGGCAUUAUUUUUUGCUGUCUAUGUUUCUUCAAACUGGACGAAAAGAGAUUUGGACCAAAAGUAAAUAGGGUUUUAAACGCCUUCUCAGCAGCGAGUGACGAAGAUAUUUCAAAGUCCUACCGAACGGAAAUUAAACGUCUGUCAAACGCAGGUUCGAGUAUCAGAUACAACAGUCAUUCGCUGCACAUACAGGCAAGAAAUGGAGCAAAACUAAAUAAUCAUCGUCCAAAAUAUGUCUCGCAAAGUCCGGAUAGUCAAGCCAGUCCUGAAAUGUCCAGGCUAAGCUCGAGCGGAGGGAAUGGCCAAAUAGUCAAGGAUUUAACCUCUGAUGGCCACGCAGAAAAAAUAAGAAUGGAGCAUGAACCAUUAUUAUCUAACGGGAAAGUAAAUGGGAAUUACCUCGUAGCUUAUUUUGAUAAGCCAAAUAAUAAAGUGAAUGUUGCAACAGAACGUGAAAGACCUUGUGGAAAUAUUGACAGCACAGAGGCAAUCUCUUGCAAUGACAGAGAAACCAACAAUGGUGCUCUAUUAGUCGCAAAUGAGGUCAUGAACGACCCCAAUUAUAUAUCAGUUCAAGACACGCCUAAAGACAAUUCUGGUCCAAAUGACAAUGCUUCGCCGAAAGGUGGCGACUCUAGUGAAUAUGACACACCAAAAGCAUUAAGAAAGACGGUAACUCCUAUUUUAAACGACAUUGCCUCUUUGCUACACAAACUUCCAUCCGAAGUUAAAUCUCCCAAGGGUCUAGAAACUGAACAAGAAGUGGAAAGGUUUCUUCAAAGUAAUCCUGAUGAUCUACUCGUUAACUAAAUUAAUGCUGAAGUAUUAUAUUUAUUACAAGGUGAAUACACAGUCGUAUUCACAUAUAUUUUUACCUUCUUACUAAUUAUUUAUAGCAUUAAAGUGAACAGUGUAUACGGGGUGGGCCAAAUAAAUAUCAAUUAGAACGGGCUAAUUGUUUAAGUAGGUAAAUUAGAAUGAAAUACAGUAACGAUGUUUUGUAAAGAACAUUGUAAACGAGUCGUAAAUCACGAGGCGAACUGAUUCGUUUGAGUAGGAAAGUUAUCUCCCCUUUUUCUAAAAAGGAAAUUCGUAGAAUGUCGCUGAGACAUUUUCUGUAUCGGCCUAUUUAGGAAGUUUUGUAUGAGGCACACUUGAAGGCAUAUAUAGAAUGAAAUAUAACACUCAACGCAAUUAUAUGGUUUUUUUCAUCAUAUGAAAAAUGAUAUUUGUAAAAUGAUGACUAUAUUAUUGUGGUGUCAUUAGAUAACUUGAAAAUCGAAAUUCUAACUGAGAAAAAGUACCUCGUG